AUGGGUUCGACUGUCGAAGAUAUAUCUAGUAGUUCUGGUGUAACUGAUAAUUCUGCUGUAACGCCUUCAUCUCCAUUAUAUCUGCUUCCUUCUGAUUCACCUGGUACUAUUUUGGUCACCACAACUAUUGAUGGCACUGGCUAUGGAAGUUGGUGUAACGACAUGGUUGUGGCUUGGAUUCUGAAUAGUUUGGAUAGGGAAAUUAGGGAGACUGUGAUGUACGCUGAAAGUGCUGAGAAACUUUGGAAGGAGAUUGAGCGCAGAUUUAGUCAAGCUAGUGGAAUUAAGAUUUUUCAAAUUCGUAAGGAAAUUUCCUCGAUUAGCCAAGGCUCAUCAAGCAUUUCAUCAUAUUUUAACAGAAUCAAAAAGCUUUGGGAUGAGCUUUCUUUUUCUGUAUCGUAUCCUGAUUGUGUUUGUGGAUGCAAAGAGACCUACCAAAGGUUAGAUGAAGAACAGAAGGUUCAUCAAUUUCUAAUGGGUUUGAACGAAUCAUAUUCCACUAUUAGGAGGAACAUACUUAUGAUGAAGCCUCUACCUGAUGUAGAUAGUGUGUACUCAAUACUUGUUAAUGAUGAGAGCCAAUCUAGUGUUCAAGCUAAUGUGCCAUCUCUUAAUUCUGAUUCUACUGCUUUCUCUGCUGGUGUUCAGAAGUCAUACUCUCAAAGAGUUAAUUUCGACACUCAAAGAGCUAGUUUUAACCCUUCCAGAAAAAACAAUAUUGUUUGUCGUUAUUGCAAGAAGCCUGGUCAUCAGAUUGAGAAAUGCUACAAGCGUCAUGGUUACCCUUCUGGUUUUCAGACUAAGUUCAAACGAACUGUAGCAUUUGCUCAAGUGUCUGAUACUCCACCUGUUGGACAUUCUGAAAAUUCUGCUGGUGAUACCAAAAUAGUUCAAUCUGAUGGUGGGAAUUCUAGUAUAACCAAGGAACAAUUUGAUCAAUUGCUGAGCCUUCUGCUUUCUCGUGCUUCUGGAACAUCACAAGAGAUCUCUACUUGUUCUGCUAAUUUUGCGGCUCUGAUAGGUAAUCCUGAUUUCAAAUCUUGUGGUCUGCUUGCUUGCAAUUUUUCUAGGGUAGAAGAUAGCACUUGGAUCAUAGAUUCAGGGGCAACACAUCACAUGACCCCAAACUCUUCUUUUCUAACUGACAUUAAACCUCUAGUCUUACCUUAUCUUGUCACUUUACCAAAUGGUUAUAAGGUAAAGGUGAUUUGUACAGGUACUCUUACCCUGUCCUCUGAAAUAUCUCUUACUCAUGUUCUCUUAGUGCCUUCCUUCCAGUAUAACCUCAUUUCUCUUGCUCAACUAGUUUUACAGCUGAAUUGUUUGGCUUAUUUUUCUUCUAUUGCUUGUGUUUUGCAGGGCCCUUCUCUGAAGAAGCCAGUGGGUCUUGGUAGUCUUCAGAAUAGGCUCUACAUUCUCAAUCCUGCAAACCUUGUUACUUCUGAGUCUACUUUUCAUCCUUCAUUUGUAAAUACCAUUACUGCCUCCACUUUACAUGAUUUGAAUAAGAGCAGUAGUUCUACUUCUAAUCUUGCAUCUUCUGUAUCUGUGAAUGCUGAUGUUUCUUCUGCUAUUCAAUCUCAUGAGUUGUCUUUUGACCAUUCUUGGCACUUGAGGCUUGGACACAUGCCCUUUAAUAAAAUGAAGUCCAUUCCAUUCUUGUCUGAUAAACUGUCAAAGAAACAAACGUACUUGUGUCCUAUUUGCCCCAUGGCUAGGCAACAAUGA